UAAACAGGCGAAUCAAGUUAUUUUGCAACCUAUUAAAACAAAUGGGAAGCUGAUGGAUAUGAUAAAUCAUGUUACUUAUAGGACUAAUACCACGUGUUGGUACAUUGAUCAUGCUUCAGCUCAGCUAACAUAGACUCAGUAACAUGACGUAUCGCCAUCUUCCUCACAUUCUCAUAGCCUUAGGCUUACGCAGGCACCUUAACAAGAUAGAAUAUUUAAGCCAUACCCACCCUCCCUACAAAAUCUUAGGUGGACUGGAUAUUUUCAUCUUUUUCCAACUCUGCAUCUUACGCCUGGUCUUGGCAAUACCACUGAACAUCAAAACCGCAUAAGAAAACAACUAUAAAACUAGCGGUGAUGCAUCGGGGCGGAGCAGAAAACUGGUGGCAUAGAAAUCAUAUGGAGGGAUGGCGGUUCCCUAAAAUGCCAAUCAAGAGGGAAUUAAUCUAUCGCAUCUUCCGAGCCGCGUAUCCCCAUGGCGCAUUUGUCGACGACAAUCUGAGGAUGGUAGAGCUGCGAGACAAGGAGGAAGUCUGGCAAAACCUAAAAGCCGAGAUCGACACCGCGCGCGCCGACCUCGAGCUACUCGUCUUCGACACGUACGAGACGCACGGGAUGUCCCCGAAAGACAUAGCCGCGUUUAGGAACUACUACACCCUGGUGCUGGACGACGCAGAAGGAUCCCUGUUCCGAUCGCAGAACGGACGAUAUCUUGAAUUCAGAUGCAUGGAGGAGCUGCUCGUGCGCUACAAAAUGAACUGCAAGAACAUGUGGAAGUUGCCGUCUUUCAGCCCGGGUUUCGUCAUCCCGCCGGUCGGGGGAUACAGAUACGCGGCGGAUGCUCUGGAAGUGAAGGCGGGCUCCGACUUACACUUUCUGACGAUCAAUUAUUCGAAGCUUGCAGGAGAUGUGCGGUUCCCAGUUCUGUGAAAGGACUGAUGCACACUGGAAGGGUUUACGAUUACGAUUGCUGAUACGGCUCUCUUUGCCAAUAUCGUCAUGAAUAAAUUACUGAAAUGUCUUCUGUUGUUACCGUCCGGGUGAGUAAUGGGUAGCUUGGUGGGAGGAGCUUAGGUCGUAGGUAUUAGAAUAUGCAAGAGUAUGAUGAUGUAGGCACUUCUAUGUCUGAAGUACUAUGUAGUACCUUCAAGAUGGCGCGCCGGUCUUUAGGGUCGGAGUAUAAGAGCGAAUAGGGGCAUAGUUUCCAGAGUCUGGUAUAUAGAGCUUCCGGGGUAUAAGCAAU